AUGAUGCAGAGCGCAGCUGUCCCCGCGGAGGGGGCUGUCAAGGGGCUCCCGGAGAUGCUUGGUGUGCCGAUGCAACAGAUCCCCCAGUGUGCUGGCUGCAACCAGCAUAUCCUGGACAAGUUCAUCCUGAAGGUCCUGGACAGACACUGGCACAGCUCCUGCCUCAAGUGUGCAGACUGCCAGAUGCAGCUAGCUGACAGGUGCUUCUCCAGGGCCGGGAGCGUCUACUGCAAGGAGGACUUCUUCAAGCGCUUCGGCACAAAAUGCACGGCCUGCCAGCAGGGCAUCCCCCCGACCCAGGUGGUCAGGAAGGCGCAGGACUUCGUCUACCACCUGCACUGCUUUGCCUGCAUCAUCUGUAACCGGCAGCUGGCCACGGGGGACGAGUUCUACCUCAUGGAGGACGGACGGCUGGUGUGCAAGGAGGACUACGAGACGGCCAAGCAGAACGAUGACUCAGAGGCCGGAGCUAAGCGACCCCGGACCACCAUCACGGCGAAGCAGCUGGAGACAUUGAAGAACGCCUACAAGAACUCCCCUAAGCCCGCCCGGCACGUGAGGGAGCAGCUGUCCUCGGAGACAGGCCUGGACAUGAGGGUCGUACAGGUUUGGUUUCAGAACAGAAGGGCCAAGGAAAAGCGGCUGAAGAAGGACGCGGGGCGGCACCGCUGGGGGCAGUUCUAUAAGAGCGUCAAGAGGAGCCGGGGAGGCAGCAAACAGGAGAAGGAGAGCUCGGCAGAGGACUGUGGGGUUAGUGACAGUGAGCUGAGCUUCCGAGAGGAUCAAAUUCUCUCAGAACUUGGCCACACCAAUAGGAUUUAUGGCAACGUGGGGGACGUUACAGGCGGACAGUUAAUGAAUGGGAGCUUCUCCAUGGAUGGGACAGGACAAUCCUAUCAGGACUUGAGGGAUGGGAGCCCCUAUGGAAUCCCCCAGUCUCCAUCCUCCAUCUCGUCCCUGCCAUCCCACGCUCCUUUGCUCAAUGGGCUGGAUUACACGGUGGACAGUAAUUUGGGCCUCAUUGCGCAUGCAGGGCAGGGAGUAAGCCAGACGCUGAGAGCCAUGGCUGGGGGACCCACCUCUGACAUCUCCACAGGAAGCAGUGUAGGCUAUCCCGACUUUCCAACUAGCCCAGCCUCUUGGCUCGAUGAAAUGGAUCAUCCUCCUUUUUAA